ACUAAGUAUCGCACUAAUUCAAACCCACAAACAGAUCAGAUAGUUUUCAACUUCCAGGCUGUCGUCUUCUUUAAAAAUGGUAAAAGUUAUUAUUUUUCUAUUUUUACUUCUCGCAAUAACACGGCCCUCCGUACUUUCACCACAGCGUAUGGACAAUGCUGCAUUGCCAGAGUGUGUUGGCGAUGAUGAUUGCCCGAACCACAAAGCUUGUGUGAGCUUAAGUUGUGUGGACCCCUGCGAUGGUAGGUGUGGUAACAACACAGAAUGUCACGCUAGAGACCACAUCGCCGCUUGUUCUUGCCUCCCUGGCUACUCCGGCCAUCCCUUCGCAUCAACCGGGUGUAUAGCUAACACUAAUCAGGGGUUUACUUCUGGGACGAUUGGCCAUCGUAAUUCUCACGGAGGCAGAAAACAGUUCCACGCAAAGACCUUUAGUAAGAAAAACUGGUUUGAAUCCUUCUUAUACUGUCAAUCAAACGGGAAGCAACUGGCUACUAUUCAAUCGAAGGAAGAAAAUGAACAGUUUUUCGAAGAGAUAAAGAAAAGUGAAGGAUAUAAAAAUGAUAACAAGUACUUGUUCUGGACUGCGGGUACGGAUUUGGCGAAAGAAGGGGAAUGGUAUUGGAUGACAACAGGCUUGCCGAUAGAUGGGUUUUCAGACUGGAGCCCCAAUGAACCUGAAAACUUUGAAUAUAGAGAACACUGCUUAGGCUUUGCUGACCGCAAUCCCAAAAAGUGGUUUGAUGCCGACUGUAAAAAGAUUUUAGCUUAUUUUGUGUGUGAGUCAUAUGAGUAACACUGUAUCUCGUAUAGUAACAAUCUUUAACUGUCUUACGUUUUUAGUUUAUCUUGCUUCAUUUGCAUAUCAAGACAUUUAAGCGUGAUCUACUGCCAUUUCUCACGAGCAAUAUUACUUUUAUUACAGUUUCUCUAAGUACUUAUUCAUUUUUUACAUUAAAUUAUUUUCAAGAUGCAUAUGUAUAUACAGAGUGUUCACAAAAGAGUAUCACAAACUUCCUGCCAUAUUAUUUGGUUUGUUUACCUCAACUAUUUUUAGAGAUAUUUUUUUAAUAAAAAAUAGUAAAUUGUGACUAGCGGCUAAACGAGUCACUUCUCGAUCUAUAACAGUUUUUAUUUGAACUGAUGAUUACUAUCACCAUAGGGUUUGUGACUAUGUACGUAAAUAAAUAUAUUUAUUUAUUAUUUGAAAUGAUGAGUACUAUCAGCCAUAGGGUUUGUGACUAUGUACGUAAAUAAAUAUAUUUAUUUAUUAUUUGAAAUGAUGAGUACUAUCAGCCAUAGGGUUUGUGACUAUGUACGUAAAUAAAUAUAUUUAUUUAUUAUUUGAAAUGAUGAUUACUAUCAGCCAUAGGAUUUGUGACUAGGUACGUAAAUAAAUAUAUUUAUUUAUUAUUUGAAAUGAUGAUUACUAUCAGCCAUAGGGUUUGUGACUAUGUACGUAAAUAAAUAUAUUUAUUUAUUAUUUGAAAUGAUGAGUACUAUCAGCCAUAGGAUUUGUGACUAGGUACGUAAAUAAAUAUAUUUAUUUAUUAUUUGAAAUGAUGAUUACUAUCAGCCAUAGGGUUUGUGACUAGGUACGUAAAUAAAUAUAUUUAUUUAUUAUUUGAAAUGAUGAUUACUAUCAGCCAUAGGGUUUGUGACUAGGUACGUAAAUAAAUAUAUUUAUUUAUUAUUUGAAAUGAUGAGUACUAUCAGCCAUAGGAUUUGUGACUAGGUACGUAAAUAAAUAUAUUUAUUUAUUAUUUGAAAUGAUGAUUACUAUCAGCCAUAGGGUUUGUGACUAUGUACGUAAAUAAAUAAAUAAAUAUAUUAUAUUUAUUUAGCACCAAAAAACUGUAUAUUUUGUUGUUAUCAAUAUAAAAACUGGAAGUUAUAGUUAGUAGUUUUAUAUUUAGAAAUUCAGAAAUAAACAAUCUAAAUUUAAUAUAACUUCCGUUAUUGUAUAGGAUUAGUUAGUUUGUACAUAUUGGUCCAGACAUCAAGAUUAAGCUUUGGUCUUGAUUUGUGAUUUAAACUUAACUAUUAUGUUCAAUAUUCUGUCAAUGUUAUGAUUACAUUUUCUUUUGGUUAAAUAUAUUUCAUAUAAACUUUA